GGAAUUUUUGUCAUCAGGAAAUAGUAAGCAAAACUUGACUUUUAAAUGUUUUUAUUAUUGGCUACUAUUGUCAAGAUUCCACAGUAUUUUUCAGAUAAUUAUUUUUAAUGGUUCCUAUUUUUCACUGCUUUUUGUUUUAUUGAGAACUUCUUAGGACAAAGUUGAAGACAGGGCAAUGGUGGUGGCAGAUUCCAUAGAUUCCAUUUCGCAGAAUAUUCCUUUGUUCACAGUGAACCCAUUUUGACACAGAAGUUAGCAUUUGUGGACACGGAAAGUGAUGCAAAAUUUUCUGAUGAACCAAAUAUCUACAUUCUUCACAAUUUUGGAGAGGAUGUAUUAUUUUCCACAUUUCACAGCUGCUGAGGAGCCAACGUGAGGAAGGUCACAUAAUUUGUAGUAUCUGAGGUGGUGUGCCAACGACAAAAAAAAAAAAAAAUUCUCUGGUUUCAAAACCCCUGUCACCUGAAGUGGCCUAUAAAACCCCAGAAGAAAUCCAGCUCUGGCAUUGCUGCUGUCUCCACUCCCGCACUUCAAUCAUCCUCAUGAGGCCAACUGGCUGUCACUUCCUGAUUUUCCCUCCAGGGGCCGAUGGGAUUGGGGUUCACCCGGUAAGCAAAGCUGUUCUGUGGAGGUUAGUCGGGCCGUUGUCUGGGCCUCAGUCACCCGUGCGGGGUUCCCCGCCCUCUCAGGAGCAGACGUCCCGCCCAGGGCACGGCCCUGACCCUCGCGGGGACACGGUGGCAGAGUGGGCCGGCGCCGCUGCGAGCCUCUGCCAGCGGCCUAGCCAAAGGCCCGCCGCCAUGUCCCGGGUACUGAUCGUGGGAGCCGGGCUAACCGGAAGUCUGUGUACCGCGCUGCUGAGGAAGCAAAUAACCGCCCCCGUGUACCUCGCCCUGUGGGAAAAGGCUGGGGACACAGGGGGAAGAAUGGCUACUACCAACAGUCCUUAUAAUCCCCAAUGCAUAGCCGACUUAGGAGCUCAGUACAUCACCUGCACUCCUCACUAUGCCAAAGAGCACCAAAAUUUUUAUGAGGAGCUGUUAGCUCAUGGAAUCUUGAAGCCUCUGACAGCUCCCAUUGAAGGAAUGAAAGGGAAGGAAGGAAGUUGCAACUUUGUGGCACCUCAUGGAGUUUCUUCCAUUAUCAAGUACUACUUGAAAAAAUCAGGCACUGAAGUCUUCCUCAACCAGUGUGUUACUCACAUCAACCUGAAAGAUAGUAAGUGGGAAGUCUCCACGGACACAGGCACCGCUGAGCUGUUUGACCUUGUCAUCCUCACCAUGCCAGCUCCUGAGAUUCUGAGACUUCAAGGUGACAUUGUGAACUUAAUUAGUGAGCACCAGAAGCAGAAACUGGCAUCUGUGAGCUACUCCUUUCGCUAUUCUCUGGGCCUCUUUUAUGAAGCAGGCGUGAAGAUUAAUGUCCCUUGGGCUGGCCAGUACAUCACCAAUAACCCCUGCAUACGCUUCAUCUCCAUUGAUAAUAAGAAGCGCAAUAUAGAGUCAUCGAAAUUUGGUCCAUCUCUGGUGGUCCAAACCAGUGUCCCAUUUGGACUUGAACAUAUGGAGCACAGUGAGGAGGACAUACAGAAAUUAAUCAUCCAGCAACUGGAAACCAUUCUGCCGGGUUUGCCUCAGCCAAUUGCUACGAAAUUCCAGAAGUGGACAUAUUCACAGGUUACAAACUCAGUUGCCAACACACCUGGCCAGAUGACUCUUCAUCUCAAGCCUUUCCUGGUGUGUGGAGGGGAUGGAUUCACUCACUCCAACUUCGAUGGCUGCAUCGCCUCUGCCCUGAGUGUCAUGAAAGUUUUAAAGCGUUAUAUUUAGUGUUCUUGUUUUCCACAUUUACUUUAGGAUUUUUGUUUUCACAAUCCUCUAUUAAUAAUUGUUCUAUUUUCCUUUCUGUGAAGAGAAAUUCCUUUGGGAAAUGUCUUCAUUUACUGUCAUUUUUAAUAUGAAAUAUAAAAAUGUUAUAAUUUUGAUAGCUACCACCCAUGGUAAAAUGAUAAUUUCUUAGACUGUACUUCUUCCUUACUUUUCUGACUUUUCAUGAUUAAUCCUUAUUGAAGUAAAAUGAUCCUUAGAAGUCCCAAAUAACCAAGUCCCAGAAUUAUACUAAACCAAAGUUCUCAUUCAUGGGAAAGCUUUGUUAUCCUUUUGGAAACUUCAUUUCUGAAUAAAUAAUAAUCACUACCA